CCUCGCCAUUCCCGCCUGCAAGCGGAGGGGCUGCUUCCGUCUCCCUCUCUCUCUUGCAAGAGCUGCCUGGGGGGCCUCUGAGGCUCCAUUUGCUUCUUCCUCUCUCCCAGGACCCUGCAGCUUGUUUUGGCUCCUUGACUCUUCAGGAAGGAUGAAAGAGAUGGAUCCUGCAAAGCUAGUGAGGAUGGAAGGGGGAAGAUGGACAGUUGACCUGGUCAGGCUGUCUCCUACAUCCCUCCUCACAGCCUCUGAGCGUUCCUCUCUAGGGCUCUCAGAGAGAUCUGGUGUUGAUGAAUUGGAAAAGAAGAAUGGGGGAGACCAUGACAAAAUCCACACAGUGGAGAAGCCAUAUCAAAAUUGGGAGUAUGGAGAGAGCUCCAGUCAGAGUUCCUGUUCCCAUCAAAGAACUCACAGUGGGAAGAAAGGCUAUCAGUGCUCAGAAUGUGGGAAGAGCUUCAGUCGGAAGGACAGUCUCACUUCCCACAAAAGAAUUCAUACUGGAGAGAAACCCUAUCAGUGCUUGGAAUGUGGAAAGAGCUUCAGUCACAGCACCUCUCUCACUUCCCAUCAAAGAAUUCAUACAGGGGAGAAACCCUAUCAGUGCGUGGAAUGUGGGAAGAGCUUCAGUCGGAAGGACAGUCUUGCUUCCCAUCAAAUAAUUCAUACAGGGGAGAAACCCUAUCAGUGCUUGGACUGUGGAAAGCACUUCAGUCACAGGCAGAGUCUCGCUUCCCAUCAAAGAAUUCAUACAGGGGUGAAACCCCAUCAGUGCUUAGAAUGUGGAAAGAACUUCAGUCACAGCAGCAAUCUCGCUUCCCAUCAAAGAAUCCAUACAGGGGAGAAACCCUAUCAAUGCUUGGAAUGUGGAAAGAGCUUCCGUUGCAGCGAUAGUCUCACUUCCCAUCAAAGAAUUCAUACAGGGGAGAAACCCUAUCAGUGCUUGGAAUGUGGGAAGAGCUUCAGUCAGAAGAGCAGUCUCGCUUCCCAUCAAAGAAUUCAUACAGGGGUGAAACCCUAUCACUGCUUGGAAUGUGGAAAGCACUUCAGUCAGAGAACCCAUCUCGCUUCCCAUCAAAGAAUUCAUACAGGGGUGAAACCCUACCAGUGCUUGGAAUGUGGAAAGAGCUUCAGUCACAGGCAGAGUCUCACUUCCCAUCAAAUAAUUCAUACAGGGGUGAAAUCCCAUCAGUGCUUAGAAUGUGGAAAGAACUUCAGUCACAGCCACAAUCUCGCUUCCCAUCAAAGAAUUCAUACAGGGGUGAAACCCUAUCACUGCUUGGAAUGUGGAAAGCACUUCAGUCAGAGGAGCAGUCUCGCUUCCCAUCAAAGAAUUCAUACAGGGGUGAAACCCUAUCACUGCUUGGAAUGUGGAAAGCACUUCAGUCAGAGCAGCAGUCUCGCUUCCCAUCAAAGAAUUCAUACAGGGGUGAAACCCUAUCAGUGCUUGGAAUGUGGGAAGAGCUUCAGUCAGAGGACCCAUCUCAUGUCCCAUCAAAGAAUUCAUACAGGGGAGAAACCAUAUCAGUGCUUGGAAUGUGGAAAGAACUUCAGUCAGAGCAGCAGUCUCGCUUCCCAUCAAAUAAUUCAUACAGGGGUGAAACCCCAUCAGUGCUUAGAAUGUGGAAAGAACUUCAGUCACAGCCACAAUCUCGCUUCCCAUCAAAGGAUCCAUACAGGGGAGAAACCCUAUCAAUGCUUGGAAUGUGGAAAGAGUUUUCGUCUGAGUGUGGAUCUCACUUCCCAUCAAAGAAUUCAUACAGGGGAGAAACCCUAUCAGUGCUUGGAAUGUGGAAAGAGCUUCAGUUGGAAGGACAGUCUCAACCGCCAUCAAAGAACUCAUACAGUGGUACCUUAGGUUAAGAACUUAAUUAGUUCUGGAGGUUGAUUCUUAACCUGAAACUUUUUUUCUUUCAAAAAUGUUAUUAGUUUUUACAAUAUCAACGACAAACAAAAACAUAAAACACACAAAACAUAACAAGCAUAAAUCAUAACCUUAUUGAAAAUAACAGUUAUUUACUUUGUAAAACGACUUCCUCGUUUCCCCUUAGUUGAAUUUCAUUGCAUAUCCUUAUAACAGUUUUCCAAAUCCUAAUUUUAAUACCCUUUAAAUUAAACAUUAACAUCUUUAAAUCUUCUCCUUCUUGUAUUAAACAUAUUAUUUUAUCAGUUAACAUAAAUACAAUCCUAAGCCCAUUAAGUAUCUGGACGCUAUUUCCAGUUAUUUUAGCUUAACAAAUUUAGCUAAAUAAUCAUUAAAUUUCUUCCAUUCUUUGUGGUGUUCCUCCUCCUUCUGGUCGCGGAUGGCUAGCUCCAUAAAAUCCAUCAUCUUCAUCUGCCAUUCUUCUACUCUUGGUAAUUCUUGAGUUUUCCACUUUUUAGCUAACAAAAUACAAGCUGCAGUUGUGGCAUACAAAAAUAGAUUAACAUCUUUCUUGGUCAAUUCCAACCUGAAACUCUUCUUAACCUGAAGCACCACUUUAGCUAAUGGGGCCUCCCGCUGCUGCCACGCUGCUCCCUCGCAAUUUCUGUUCUCAACCUGAAGCAAAGUUCUUAACCCGAGGUACUAUUUCUGGGUUAGCGGAGUCUGUAACCUGAAGCGUCUGUAACCUGAGGUACCACUGUAUAGGGCAUGAAGCGUAAUAGAAAUGUGGAAACAGCUUCUCUUCCAAGAGGAGUCUAGCUUCCCAUGAAGAAAUUCAUGUGAUUGAGCAGGUGGUUGCUGAAGAACUUCAGGCAUGCCUGGAGGAUGGGGACCAUUUGGAUCCCUUCCAAUCGGGAAUCAGGCCUCAUAUUGGGACUGAAACUGCCUUGGUUGUGCUGGUCGAUGAUCUCCGGCACGCUAGGGACAAUGGUGAAAGCUGUUUCCUGGUUCUGCUGGAGCUCUCAGUGGCCUUUGACACCAUCGACCACGACAUCCUUCUGGACCGUCAAGAGGAGCUGGGAGCUGAGGGUUAUACAGUGGAUCCACUCCUUCCUCCUGGGCCGUGUUCAGAAAGCGGUGGUGGGGGAUCAGUGUUCAGACCCCUGGGCUCUCACUUGUGGGGUGCCUCAGGGUUCCAUCCUCUCCCUCAUGCUUUUUAACAUCUACAUGAAGCUCCUGGGAGAGAUCAUCAGAGGGUUUGGGCUGGGUGUUCAUCAGUAUGCGGAUGAUACCCUGCUCUAACUCUCUUUUAAAUCGGAACCAGUGAAAGCGGUGAAGGUCCUGUGUGAGUGUCUGGAGGCAUUUGGAGGAUAGAUGGCAGGUAAUUGAUUGUGGUUGAAUCCUGACAAGACAGAAGUGCUGUUCUUGGGUGACAGGGGGCGGGCUGGUAUUGAGGACUCGCUUGGGCUACUGCAACACAUUCUAUGUGGGGCUACCUUUGACGGUGACCUGGAAACUACAACUAAUCCAGAAUGCGGCAGCUAGACUGGUGACUGGGAGUAGCUGCCGAGACCACAUAACACCGGUCCUGAAAGACCUACAUUGGCUCCCAGUACAUUUCUGGACACAAUUCAAAGUGUUGGUGCUCAUCUUUAAAGCCCUUAACCGCUUUGGCCCAGUAUACCUGAAGGAGUGUCUCCACCCCCAUCCCUAUGUCUGUACACUGAGGUCCAACACCAAGGGUCUUCUGCUGGCUCCCUCACUGCGAGAAGUGAAAUUACAGGGCCUUCUCGGUAGUGGCACCCGCCCUGUGGAAUGCCCUCCUACCAGAUGUCAAAGAAAUAAACAACUGUCUGACUUUGAGAAGACAUCUCAAGGGAGCCCUGUUUAGGGAAGCUUUUAAUAUGUGAUGAAUUACUGUAUUUUAAUAUUUUGCUGGAAACUACCCAGAGUGGUUGGAGAAACCCAGCCAGACGGACGGGGUAUAAAUCAAUUAUUGCUAUUGUUUUAAGGACUUUCCCAUGCAAUAUGGGAAUCCACAUCCAUCUGAAGUUCAGGAGCAGUUGGACAAUCCCCAGAUUCUGGGGAUCUACUUUUGUGGUCAUCUGGUAGAAAAAGGGGAACUGGGUAUUAUCAUGAAUAGUAGGAACAGUGUAUCCAUAAAUUGCCCAAGAAGCCAAGAAGGAAAGGAAAAGGUGAGUGCUUUGCUGUGGUUCCAGGACAAAUAUCAGACAGUUGACCAACUACAGUCCCACACACAAAGAACACAAAGAACAAGACAAAAUGCUGACCGUGGAGAACGGGAGGAGGUCUUCCAGGAAUGCCUGCAGACUCUCAAUAUUUUGUGGGACUGAAUCACAUCCCAGAAUAUUAGACUAGGGACUCAGCUACAUUACUCAAAAGACUGUGUUUUGAAUGCAUUGUAAACAAGCAACAUGGUUUUUAAAAGCAGUGGUGGGGUGGCAUAGGGCAUCUGACGCCAGUGUUGAGUGCACCUGCUUCCAGGUUCCAUCCCACCCUCACCUUUGGGAGAGUCCAAAAAGGAAAGAAUGAAAAGCCCAU